CCCACAAAUUGCACCGACCGCAUCCGAAAAAUACCGCCGCCCUCUUCCGCGAACCCGGGCUUGUCAGGUCCACCACCUUUGGCUGCGAUGCGUCGUUAGCACGAAAGCCAGUUCAACAUGGCCUUCAACUUCAACUGGUCGCCUCUGACGGCUGACGCGGGCUUCUAUAAGCGCGCCCGCGACCUCCUGACGACGGCACUCAACAAGUCGCCGAAGCCGCCCAUCAUCGUCGAUGACAUUAUCGUGACCGAGUUCAACCUCGGCUCCGUGCCGCCGGAUCUGGAAAUCCUCGAGAUCGGCGACCUGGCCGAAGACCGUUUCCGAGGCAUUUUCAAGAUGUGCUACUCGGGGGAUGCUUUCUUGACUCUCAAAACAAGAGUAGAGGCAAACCCUCUAAACACAUGCCUCUCAGCCAAGCCAGGCUUCACAUCUCCACAACCACUAGCGGCGGCAUCAAGCCUUACAAUACCCCUGCAGAUCACGUUAUCCGAGUUCAAGCUCUCGGCAUUCAUCAUCCUCGUCUUCUCCAAACAAAAAGGGUUGACCAUAGUCUUCCGCAAUGACCCCCUCGAGUCUCUCAAGGUCUCGUCGACCUUCGACUCGAUCCAAUUCGUUCGCGACUACCUCCAGAGGACGAUCGAGGGCAAGCUGCGCGACUUGUUCAUGGAUGAACUGCCUGCCAUCAUCCAUCGACUUUCACUCCAGCUCUGGUGUCCCGAUCAGAUCGUGAAGGAGGGCGAGGAAUCGAAGGAGGCCGAUGAGCAUGGUGUGAACCCGUUAGCCACGCCGCCCCUAGACGCCGUGGACUUGCAUGGGCACCUUCUCGAUCCUGCUGCGAUAUCGGAAUUAUCCCUUGAUGGGGGGCCAGAGGCGCAACUUCUUUUCUCUCAAAAGACACUCCAACGACUGUCCGAGAUCAUGAAUUCUCAGGUGACAUCCUCGUUGGAUACCUCGGAACCGAACGACGUUCUCUUCCGGGCCUGGGCUGGGCCGGAUAAGGUCGAUGCGACGAACAGCACGCCGCUAUCAACACCGAGCUUGGCCAGGUCACAUUCCUACGCCAGCCCUCAUACCUACACCUUUUCGGACAACGGCAGCCAAGACCAGGGCUCGCUCCCGUCGCGGCCCUCGUUGGUACAUCUCAACUCAGCGACCGCAGGCUUAUCACUGGGCUCCGGGCGACACACCAAGGCCGGCCGGAAAAAGAAGACCCGUGUGGUCAAUCUACGCCGCAAGGCUGAGACUGAAGUCAAUAGCGAGGAAGGAGACGCCACGUCCGAGGACGCCUCUAUCGAGCCUCCUAUGUCGGAACCAGUCAUGCCUCAUCCGAUACUCGAGGAGUCGGAGGACGAGCUGGCAGCGAACAAGGUGCGCUUCGGCCGAUCGGCAGACUUCCAGCAACAGCCCCGGAGACCGUCCUUCAGGGCUCAGGCUGCCGACACUCCCGAUGCGCCGGUUCCCACGGCUGAGAUCAACAAAAUUGUGGCGUCUCCCCCACAGUCUUCAGAAAAGCAAGGCGCUCGGUCUUUUCUUCAAGAACCUGCUCUUGCCGACAGCAAGGUGGACCCGAAGCGGCCGCGCCCCAGGUCGGACACAUCGUCCGUUAUUUUGGAGCAGGCCUGGAUCAUGAAGAUGGCGGGCGAGAUCGCCCGCCGCGUCUACGACGAAAAGAAUGGAAAUCCUACCUUUUGGGAUGACCAGGACGACACCCCGCCGCCCGCGUACGAGGCGAGGUAAUUACUAUCAUUGUGACUAAUCCGUUACCCUUCUUUUUCCUUUGUUCUUUUUGGGUUUGUGUUUAUGGGCGGGGGGGUGGGAUCAUACCUGGCGUUUCGCGCGACCUGACAUACCACGUUAGUUAAUGUCUUAUUUGGUUGCCAGGAGUUUGGGGUCUGUUGGUCAACAAAAAAAAAAUGGGAAGGAAGCCUUGAGGUUGGUUUCGGGCACUGGA